GUAAUGGUUUAUGUACAGACGGUAAUGUUAAGGAAGAUGUUGAUCAAGUCCUUUUUAAUUGUAAGAAAAAUAAUGAGUUCAGAAUUAAAUGGCAAGAGGUUGAAGCUGAAAAUGAUAGGCUUAUAAAUGAUAUUCUAGAGGAACAAGGGAUGCAGCAAGACAGAAUCAAAGCUUUUGUUAUGUUUCUGAAUGAGUCAGGUCUAAUGAAAAGAAUCUAAUUUAAUUAUUUAUUUAUUUUCUAUUUUUAUUUUUAUUUUAUUUUAUGAUUUAUGAACAAUCGUCUAGCCUGGCCAUAAGUCCCUUUACACACUCCUGUAUAGUAGGUGGCGGUAUAUUCUAUUAUCGAUGUAACCCGCCAAAAAGAAGAAGAAGAAGAAGAAGAAGCCAGUCAAGCAAACCUUCGCGCCCUGUUGGCGCGCCGGUGGAAAACUUUAGGGCAGAGCCAGAGGAAGGCCAUACUGUCAGUUGCAUGUUGGCAGUUAAACACCACCCAAACAUCAAGCAACCAUAAAUGGGAACACGAAUUUCUCCAUGCAGGAAAUACAUGGUUAAUGUCGAGGAAUUGGUCAACAUCUGCUCUACUUAAAGUUUUCAGGUCUUCCUAAGUAUGAAGAAAGAAAUCCAAGCGGCAGGGGUUUUCCUGAAAAAUCUGGUUAAAAAAGCUGACCAGUUGAAUUCGGAACAAGUUGAUCUCUUUGUAGAACGGCUCAUAGUUCUAUUACAAGAGAAGUACAAAGGUCAUUGGUACCCAGAGAACCCAACAAAAGGCCAAGCGUUUAGGUGUAUUCGUGUCAAUGGUCACCAUAAGAAGGAUGCUGACUUGCUUUUGGCCUGCCAGGAAAGUGGCGUGCAGUACUGCUACUUAGGCUUGCCUAUAGAGCUCACCCUCUGGGUGGAUCCAGGAGAGGUCAGUUGCAGGUACAGUGAAGACACCCCACCCUUUACUCUUGCAAGGUUCAUUGGAGAUGAUGAUAAUGAGAAUGUCUUGCUGAAAGUGAGAAGUGCCCUGGAAAGAGUCACCUCUGACUAUCAUUCGGAGACCUCAUCUGAUGAUGAUGGUGUCUGUAUAUCCCCACCUCCUGAGAAUGACAGUGCUUUCACUACCCCUCCUCCAGAGAGGGACAGUGGUUAUGGCACUGCUUCUCCUAAAAACAUUUUCUGUGCCAGGCCUUCUCCUGACAACAAUAGUAUCAGUGCCACUUCAUCACCCCCAAAUAGGCGUGGUGGUGCCACCACACCUCCUCAAAACAGAAGUCCUCCUAUGCAGGUUGAUUACCCAGGUCCACAACCAUUGGCAGCACUCUCAUGGAGAAUACCUGUGAGAUCUCCUGUUGAGCCACGACCCUAUUUCAUGCUGAACCCACGUGUCAGGCCCUUUCCUCCGGUCAGGCCUCAUAGUUGGUCGAGGCCGGUCUACCGCAAUCCUAUGUGGAGCUGUCCUGCCCGAUCUCACCGUGGAGGAACUGCAGCAAUAUGGUCUUCGCCUGGAAAUGAAAGAAGAUUCGCAGGAAGGAUGCAUUUGAACAGACCACUGAAGUAACUUGACCAAAUACGUUUUUAAAAAUAAUUGAAGUCACUACUUGUUUUGUAUGUCCGAUUCGCAUGAAUGUUUUUGCACUUUAGGUGACUUGUUGGAGAAUUGUACUUGAUUAGGUUUUGUAUUUUGAUUAAUCAGAUUUUGUAUUAUUUAUGUAUAAUGUCUAAUGCAAUCAGUGUUCUUUGAUAAUGGUCUGUAUAUUGUCAAUAACUAAUAUUUAAAAGACAGUAUUGUAUUUAUUUACACAAUGGUGUUAAUCCUAUUAUGGAAAAUAAACGUGCAUUUUCUAACCUGUACAGGUUCAGUUGGGAAA